AUGGGCAACUACGUUUCCGCUGUUGAGGCCACACAACCCUCAUCUCCAGGAAACACGGACACCACAAGAGCGCCGAGGUCCCGCAGGAGCUCCGUAGCUUCAGGGACAUCAUCUGUCGACAGCUCCAGCAGCGCUGAACAAGCCAUGCGGUCAUUUGCGGCAGCAACACCUUCAUCGCCGUCGUCUUCGUCCUCACAGUGCUCUGUUGAGCAGACCGGUGAUGUUGACCCACUCUCCCGGACUUUCCCCAAGCCAACCGAGGAUGUCGACCUCGACGAGAUGCUCGCCAGGAAGCCCCUGAAGUGGACCCUCGGCCACUACGUCAAGGAGGCGGCUACACGCGAAUCGUCCAAGCCUGCCGAGGACAAGGACCGGCUCGCGCAGGACAUGGAAGCUAAGAAGAAGGAGAUGCUCGCCGCCAAGGAGGAGAUCCGGAGGCUUUCUGCUGGCAACUAG